AUGCUUGUUGUUGAAUUGAAAAAAGAUAUUGUGGGUGUUAAAGUGUCUAGGAAAGCUCCUCCUAUUACUCAUUUACUCUUUGCUGAUGAUAUUUUGAUCUUUGGACAAGCCAAUAUGCAGCAUGUUAACAAUAUUUUGCAGAUCAUUAAGGAAUUUGGUAACCUUCCAGGUCAGAUGCUCAAUUUUGAAAAGUCUUGUGUUUAUUUUAGCAACAAUUUAAGUCCAUAUACUUGUGACACUCUUGCUAAUGCUCUUAAUAUGUCUCUAGUUGUUGAUUCAGAGAAAUAUCUUGGUGCUCCGUUGUUACUUGGGCAUUCUAAGCUGAAUUUCUGGCGGGGACAUAAAACAGGUAAAGGUAUUAAGUUCAUUGCUUGGGACAAUAUAAACAAGUCUAAGGACUUAGGUGGGAUUGGGUUUAGGGACCUUGAAACCUUUAAUAUCUCUCUCAUAUGUAAACUAGUUUGGAAAAUCAUUAGUGAUAAUGAUGAAUUAUGGAUACAAAUUCUGAGAGCAAAAUGUGGAACUAGGAUUAACAUUUGGAUGGAUAAUUGGGUCAUAGGAUUGGGUCAUCCACCUGUUUCUGCUGAUGGUUUAGUUAAUACUGUCUCUUAUACUUAUGGUUCUGAUAUCUUUCAUGAAGGCACUAGGAAUUGGAAAGAGUCUCCUAUUCAUUAUCUUUUUGAACCUAUUAGUGCUAGUAAAAUACUUGAUAUGAAUGUCCCUGUUAUAGGAAAUGAUACACUCAUUUGGUUUCUUGACAGAAAAGGUUUGUUUUCUGUUAAAAGUGUGUAUAAUGUUAUGACAAGACAAUCUGAAGUUGUUACUGGGACUUAUGUCAUUCCUCAACAGGUUUGGAAAACUUUGUGGAAGAUUAAACUUCCUCAUAAGGUCAAGUUGUUUGUCUGGAAAUGUAUCCAAGACAUUGUUCCAACUAGAGACAAACUUUCUAGGUACAAAUGUGGUAUUGAAACUCACUCAUGGUUCUUUUAUCGGGUUAUUUCUUGGUUCCAUACACGUGCUAAUUUGAAUUUUGGAACAGAGAUUUCAACGGAGAGCUUAAAUAAACUUCUUAUGGUUUUUGUUUGGUCAAUUUGGAAAGACAGAUGCUCCAAAAAAUUUCAGAAUCAUGAUCCAAAUAGGGUUAUGACUCUGGAUAACAUAAACAAGAUGGUUUAUUAUGUUCCUUCUCAUGCUGUUAAUCUUAACACUCAGUUGCAGAUUCAUAAAUGGAAGCCUCCAGAUUUUGGAUAUCUUAAAAUAAACAUAGAUGCAUCUUUUUUUAAGGAAUCUUUACAAGGAGGUACAAGACUGAUAAUUAGAAAUUUUGCAGGUCACUGCCAUGGUGUGCAAGGUCAAUACUUUAAUGUAGGAAUGAUGCAAGGAAUAGAGGUGGAGUUGGAAUGCAAAGCUUUGACGGCAUCUGUUUCUCUAGCCGUUACAAGAAGUCUUACUCAUGUAGUUUUUGAAUAUGAUAAUGAAGUUUUAAUUAAGUCCAUUAAUGAACAGGUACCCUGUGUUCAUUGGAUGAACCAAGGUUUAGUUUUAAACAUUAAGUUUCUAUUGAAUAAAAUUAGGCACUGGAAAUGUAACUCAGUUAGGAGGACUUCCAAUACAGUGGCUGAUAAAAUCGCCAAGAAAGCUAGGUCCACAAAAUUAAGUUUUGAAUUCUUUAAUGAGUAUCCUUCGGGCAUCCAAGGUUGGAUUACUCAAGAUUAUGAUGUAAGCUCUAUUUAA